AUGGUGAGGCCGCCUUGCGUUUGUCGGGAGUUCCUGCUGGCAGACCCCACCUGGCCCACGGUGACCGUGGAUGGUCAAGUGCACAUUGCUGCAUCCCAGGCUCGGAUUCCAUGGCCACGGCACUUGCGGAAGUUCAGAGAAUUACCAGCCAACUUGCGUUUGCCACCGAGGCGGCAGCAGAUCGCAGUUGCUGUGAAGCAAAUGCUUCGUCGACUGCGGGACCGUUGCAAGCUGGCGGAUGAGCCAUGUUGGGUCGAAUCCGUUGUUGCCGAUUUGACUGCAGCUUUGCAAGGGCUAGCUGCUCAGCACUCUACCAGAUUUCCUGUUUUUUGGCUGGAGAUUUCACUGGCCCAGGAAUUCCUCAGGCCUUUCUUCACGCAGGUCUUUGACCACAACCUGUCCCGUAUUGGUGUGUUUUGUCCUGCCCUAGUACACGUCCAAGCUUGUGCAGCUCUUGAUCUUGGUGAUCAUGGCACGGGGCUGGAUUUUGCUUGGGAAGCUGAUACGCGGAGGGCUGAAGUGAUGGCUACCAUGGCAAAGAUUGAGGGCCUCCCGCCGCACUUGCAACCAACGCGGCUGUCCUUGGUACCAGCCAGAUCUUGGUCUAUCGGAACUCCCGUUUUUCUUCCAAAGUGGAAAGGUCCAGGAGUGAAGUGGCGCCUGAUAGUGAACAAGCACCACGCGCCGGCGACUGGUUUGCACUCGGCUGUAUCUAGAGCCACUGAUGUUGUUCUGGACAAUAUGCCCCGCGAGGCUUGGUCCGAUUUUCCAUCAGCCAAUGCCUUCUUGGGCAUGGUCUCGGACUUCAACGCUCUCGUGAAGAGCAUGUUCAUGGAGCCGCGUGGGUGGAUUGCAGCGAUGGACAUGGUUGAUUGUUUCCACCACCUUCCUUGCUCCGAAGCGCCGUCUAUUUGGGAUGCUCUUUCUGCCUUUUGGAGCACCCGACUUGUGGCUUACAUCAGUGUGCCUUUACGAAGGGGCGGUGGUGCUGGUCGCCUUGGUCUGGUCUGUGAUGCUGGCUGGGUUUGCUUUUCCUUUGCAGAGAUUCGGGAGGUGUUGAUGCACUUUACCUUGACCAACUUUGUGGCUCUGCCCGGCCUCCUCGGGCGUGAGCUGCGUGGGGCUCCAAUGGGCGAUGCUUUGAGUGGGGCAGUGCUGCGGCUCUUCAAGUGGAGUAGGGAGGCUGCGCAACUACCUAUUGAGGAGGCAGACACUGUUUGUUUCCGCAGGUCCUGCUCCAAGCUGGUCCAUCUCUGUGGUUGCAACAUGUUGGUCCUUGACGUCAGUUUCCGGGACGACUUGCGCAUGUUUUGCGUGUGGGACGGACAAGCCAUCAUUGAUAGGGAAAGGGUGGCGCAAUGGGCUAUCUCCAGGCUGCGCGCCCGAUACCACUACGGCACCAUGAGCUUGGAAGAGUGUGAGUUUCGGACAUUCAUCGGUUUGCGGACGGAGUUUGGAGAUGAGGGCCUUUUUGUUGCCCCUGUCUUCCCUGACCCGUUCGGAAGCUGUAGUUACCACACGGUCGACUUGCGAAUUUUGCAGCCAUGGUCAUCGUGGACCCCCCGUUCACAAAAGACGGCGGUCAUUAAGGGAUGGCUGCGCCGCAUCUUUCAUUUGUCCAGUUGCUCCAAGGGCAGGGCUCUUGCCUUUGAAGAGGCUUUUUUGUCUUUAUGUUCUUUGGCUGGAUUCCCUAAAGACCUGCUUGCCAGGGUGACCAGAGAUUGGAUCCUUCGCUGGGUGUCCGCAAAGGAUGCCCGUGCAGUACAGUGCGUAAGACUUGAGGUGGAGAGGGCAUUGCGGCGAUUGCGUUAA